UCUGCCCAGAACUCGUCCGGCAUUCAGACCCUGCUCGAUGCCGAGCGGGAAGCUUCUAAGAUCGUCCAGAAGGUCCGCACGAAGCGUGUCAAGGAGGCUCGAGAUGAGGCCAAGCAGGAGAUAAACGACUAUAGAGCCCAGAAGGAGCAGGAAUUCAAGAAGUUCGAGGCUGAGCACAGCAAAGGCAACGAGCAGGCCGAGGACGAGGCGAACAAGGAGGCGGAGAAGGAAAUCCAGACCAUCAAGGAGGCUGGGAAGAAGGGACAGGCCGGUGUGAUCAAGAACCUGCUCUCUGCUGUUCUGGAGGCCAAGCCUACUCCCCCGCAAGCUGCCUAA